UCUUUCGCUUUCGCAGUCUAUAGAAACCGCGUCCUCGUAUCGCUACCGAGUGCUCCCGAAGCCUUUUUCCCCUCGUCCUUUCUUCUCUGUUUUAUUAUCUCUUUCCCUUUCUUUUUCUUCUUUUUUUCGUGUCGCCUUUCGAUAGAACCUACACGCCAUGGCUGACCAGGAAGUGGAUUUGGACUCGAUCAUCGAUAGACUCCUAGAGGUGAGGGGUAGCCGACCUGGAAAGCAGGUUCAGCUUUUGGAAUCGGAGAUCCGUUAUCUCUGUACCAAGGCCAGGGAAAUUUUCAUCUCUCAACCGAUACUUUUGGAGUUGGAGGCGCCCAUCAAGAUUUGCGGUGAUAUCCACGGUCAAUACUACGAUCUGCUGCGUCUGUUUGAAUACGGUGGCUUCCCGCCAGAAGCCAACUACCUCUUCCUCGGAGACUACGUUGACCGUGGCAAGCAGUCGCUCGAGACUAUCUGCCUUCUCCUCGCGUACAAGAUCAAGUACCCCGAAAACUUCUUCGUCCUCCGUGGUAACCACGAGUGCGCAUCAAUCAACCGUAUCUAUGGAUUCUACGACGAGUGCAAGCGGAGGUAUAACAUCAAGCUCUGGAAGACUUUCACUGAUUGCUUCAACUGCUUGCCCAUUGCCGCCAUUAUUGACGAGAAGAUCUUCACCAUGCACGGUGGUCUGAGCCCCGACCUCAACUCGAUGGAGCAGAUCCGUCGCGUGAUGCGUCCUACUGAUAUCCCUGACUGCGGUCUCCUUUGCGAUCUCCUCUGGUCCGACCCCGACAAAGACAUUACUGGCUGGAGCGAAAACGAUCGUGGUGUGUCAUUCACAUUCGGUCCCGACGUUGUAUCGCGAUUCCUCCAGAAGCACGACAUGGAUUUGAUAUGCCGUGCACACCAAGUUGUUGAGGACGGUUACGAGUUUUUCUCCAAGAGACAGCUUGUAACACUGUUCAGUGCUCCGAACUACUGUGGUGAAUUCGACAAUGCUGGUGCAAUGAUGAGUGUCGACGAGAGCCUAUUGUGUUCGUUCCAGAUCUUGAAACCAGCAGAAAAGAAACAAAAGUACGUUUACGGGGGCACGGGCUCAGGCCGACCCAUAACUCCUCCGCGAAAGCAAAAGAAGAAGUAAAAGAAUCAUACGAGCUUUUCCAUGUGCAGCAGGUUCGGGCGGCGAUAAACGUCAUACAUAACACACCCAUCACUACACGAAAGA